AUGGUUGUUCGUCCCUUUUCGAAAGAGAGUCCCGAGGACUCGUCCAUGAAAGACGGCAUCUUCCAAGAGGACAACACCCUGCCACCCAAGGAAGAGUCGAUCACGUCUCUCUUCUCAUUGAAGGGGAGGACUGCCAUAGUAUCCGGAUCAGGAGCCGGCAUUGGCUAUGCAGUAGUGCAGGCGUUCGCAGAGGCUGGCGCCAAUGCGGCAAUUUGGCAUCAUGGCAACAAGAAGGCCAUAGAGAAGGCGAAGGAUAUCGAGAAGCAAUAUGGCGCGAAAUGUCAAGCCUAUCAAACAGAUGUCACCGACUUCGAAGAUACAAAACGGGUCAUUAACCAAAUUGCACAUGAUUUCAAUGGCCGUUUGCACAUCUUCGUCGCCAACGCUGGUAUCCCGUGGCAAGAGGGCAGGAUGAUUGAUGGGAAGUUGGACUCCUACCACAAAGUCGUCUCGACCGAUUUGGACUCUGUAUUUUACUGCGCCAAAGCUGCUGGCGAGAUCUCCAGGCGACAAUACCUCACUGGCGUCACUACUAGCGGCACGAAGCUCGACAAUUACAGCUAUGGUAGCUUCAUCGCCACGGCAUCCAUGAGCGGCCACAUUGCAAACAUUCCUCAGCUUCAAUCGGCGUACAACGCUGCAAAGGCUGGCGUCAUACACCUCUGCAAGUCGUUGGCUGUUGAGUGGGUCAAAUUCGCCCGCGUCAACAGCAUCUCUCCGGGAUACAUGCUAAGUACAGAGGGCAGAUGGCAUUGUCGCUGUCAGACAUGCCUGGCAUCAUCUGCCAAGAUAUUGCCACGUGGUCCUCGAGUAUGGCUAACAUUUUUCUGUUUACAGGCAACCGAGAUUAGUGAUUUUGUGCCCCCAGAGACGAAGAAGAUAUGGCACGGCAAGAUUCCCAUGGGAAGAGAAGGUGAAGCCCAUGAGCUGAAGGGCGCGUACCUCUAUCUGGCAUCCGAUGCUUCUUCAUACACAACCGGGGCGAACAUGGUUGUCGAUGGAGGCUACUGUGCGGUAUAA